AUGGGGCAUGCUAUCGGCAGAUAUCAACAAUUUGAUAUCUUGAAAUUUGCGUGUUUGGCAAGAUGCUCCAACACACUACUUGAUCCAUUGCGUGUUCUCUCAGACACAGAAACCGCUUCGUCGAUGCACCCAGUACAUCGUACAACAACAAGAGAACUUGAAGAUGGACAGACAGCCAACGCCGAAUACCUUCUUCACCAGCAGUCCAACAACACGACAGACAACCAACGGAUUCAACUUCGGCCGUCGUUUGCAGGCUACACGUAG